GUCUUGAGAGAACAUCCCGGCUGAGGCAUUCCUAUUUCUUGUCACUGUUGAGCGGGAGAAGAAAUGAUUUUUAGUUUUGAAUCAUAUCCGAGUGAUUAGAUAGCCUCCGUUAGUGUUUUCUACGCACCCUCAGUACAGUAUUGAAAUUUGAAAAAUAUCUACAACUGUCACCGCGACUACCAAAACAAGUAUUUAUAAUUAAUUUUCAGUUUGUAACUAGUUCUAGUACCUAAGAUACUAUAACUUUUUUUUUACUUCUUGGCCUCUUGCUAGGUACAUCUUCAGUCAGUCAAUUAACCAAAAAGAAAAUGGGCAAUAUGGUUGUGUCGCUUCGGGACGCCGGAGGCGGUCCGCACCGAAGAGAUGAGAGUGGGAAACGCCAGACGGGGUACAUCGACGGCUGCUUCGACAUUAUGCAUUCUGGGCACUACAACGCGAUCCGACAGGCGAGAUCACUCUGUGAUCGUCUCGUAGUGGGCAUACACUCAGAUGCAGAUUAUGACGGGAGAAGGUUGUGAUGUAGAUGGUGUAGUGUGAUUGGGUAGCCUGGGAGUCUUGUAGCACGCAGUAGAGGUAGAGACUCUGAAUAUAGCUGAGUAAGAGCAAAUACAAGUUGUAAUCGGUAUGAAUUAGGAAAGUGUAGUCCUGUUUACUUCUACAGAUUAUGUUGCUUCUGCAAUAUCUUUGUGUACCUUUCACUGCAAUAAGUCCUGUUUACUUCUACAGAUUAUGUCACUUCUGCAAUAUCUUUGUUACUACAGAUUAUGUUACUGCAGAAGUAACAACAUCACUUUGUGUAAGUACCUUUGUUCAUACAUGAAUCGCGAGAAACAAGGGGCCACCUGUGAUGGUUCAGUCCGAACGCUAUGGCCUAUUGGAGCAUAUCAAGUGGAUAGACGAAAUCGCGCACGACGUGCCUUAUUCACCGACAUUAGCCACACUCGAUGCGUGCGGAGCAGACUUCUCUGUGCAUGGUAGUCAGAAAACUUGUCAGAGGAUAGAGAAAGUUUGUACUUCCCUGUAGGUCCUCUACGCAACCGUUAAUUUAGUAGUUUACAAAUAACGAUGAUGGACCACCUUUAGAUCGAGUUACAGUCCACGAGUAUCGAUCAUUCUUCUCGUCACGACAGGUGACGACAUGCCAGUAAAUGCACAGGGUGUAGGUGCGUAUGACUCUUUGAGGGACGCUGGCAGGCUAAAGAUAGUAAAGCGGACUGAGGGCGUCUCGACAACAGACUUCAUCGGGAGGCUGUUAUCCCUGUCAAAAGCACAUCACGAGCCGUCAUCGCCAAUCCUAGAAACCACGCGGGCGUCAGCGGCAGCGAGCAAGAUAUGAAAGAAAUACUUAAGCAAAAUAAGCGGGUAGAAGUCGUCAGGGAAAUCUUAGGCAGGUUGCCGAGUAGAUUCCCAUCAUCAAGUAGCUAGACAUGUACCGAAGUAAUCAAAAGUAGUAAGUAGUUAGACCCUAACAUACCCCAUAAUUAACAAACUGUUUGACACCCUAAACUACUUCUCUACACGCAGUAUAAUCGUUCAAAUAAUCCUUGCAAAUGAUAUUGGCUAGUUGUAUAUUUGGAACUCCUGGUGUGCGAUUAGCUAACACUCUUCAUAUCUGAAUCAAGCGGGGCUGAGUUCGCAGGGGGUAAAAUUGCUGGCUUCGACGCGCAGAAUAUCAGAGUUUUCGAAACCGCACAGGCUGCCAGCCGCAGAUGACGUUGUGGUAUUUGAGAACCCUAAGCCCUUGCUCUCCAGUAUGUGGUGAUGAGCUGCUUUUUUGACCCUGGAAAGUUGGCAACGAAUAGGGACAUAUUUAUGCAUUCAUUGACCCUGGAUUGUGGCCGACCUUUGUGAGGUUUAUCAUUACCAUCAUGUUCUUCUUCUUCUUCCUCUUCUCAUCUCAUCAACAAGGUAUACUGUGACGGAUCAUUUGAUAUGUUUCAUCUGGGUCAUGCGACUACACUAAAGAAGGCAAAGGCCUUAGGGACAUUCCUCGUAGUCGGUAUCCACGAUGACGAUGCGGUAAACAGGGUAAAAGGCGCAAACUACCCCAUCGCGACUUUGCAGGAGAGAGUGCUGUGCGUCUGCGCAUGCAAACAUGUGGAUGAGGUAUUUUUUGCAAGAAUUUUUUUAAGAUUACGUUCUUUUAAUGUCCCUUGGCGGCAGGAAGUGGUUCGGAGGUACUACUACUUUUCCAAGUUUUACUUAAGUCAUACGCAACGAAUACACACAAACGUCGAUGAAGAAAAAUUUCUAAGACAAGAAAUGAUGCCCAGGUAAUAAUAGGAGCUCCAUUGGAGGUGACACACGAUAUGCUGAAGACGCUGAAUGUGAGCUACGUGGUACAGGGGAGCCACACAGAGACGCAUCAUUAUGACUUGUUUGUUACUGGAUGGCCUCACAAGUAGACGCUAAUAAGUAGCUACAUAAGAGGGGCCAUGACAUGACGUCACCCUUGUUGAGUCCGUUGCUAGAUCUUCAAACUGCCGUUCAUAUCAACCCAACCGAGCAGACCCGUUUAAGGCUUCUUUCCUAGUAAUGCCUCCGUCAGUAUAAAGAGUCCCCUUUCAUACCCUCUUUCGUGAAGCAGGCUACGCUAUGGAUGUAGUGGGCGCAAGGAACACGGAUGAAGACCUUUAUCGCGUCCCAAAGGCUCUGGGAAUGAUGCGCACAGUCGAUUCGGAUUUCUUAUGAGAUCUAGAACUCCUUGCUGUGGUGUUGUCGUUGAGAUAAUAUUUUGUUUUUGUCUACUUUUAUCUGAUACGUUUUUUAAUCGCUUGAAGUUGUUUUCCUUGUUUGUUUUCCACAAUCUGUCAUAGGGAAAUAUAAGAAACCAAUCAAUGAUGUCUUCUCUAACCUUCCCAGAAUUGAACACCGCAGUGAUCGCACAGCGCGUUGCAGAGAAUCGGUUGGCGUACAUGAAUCGCAACGCCGAUCGCGAAAAGAGGGAGGCAGCUUACUAUGAAGAAAAAGCGACGAAGAAAGAGAGUAUCGCAGAGGCGUGAGUCAGUCUUCUUCUGUCUUGAUCUUUGUGGAGGAGAAGAUGAAGAUGUCCUCGCAUUUCGGAGGAGGAGGUCAAAAUUAGAAUACUCGCAUGUUAGACCAAUUACAAUAUUCUUGGACAACUACUUGAUAACUCGAAAUUGUUAGCGCCGGUUCAUUCAUCGCGUGAAUUCAAUGGUUCUUUUAGCAUUUUUGACAAUUCUACUUGUAUCGCAGAUAUCUGAUAUUGUCGCAAAAUUUUGAAUCAACGUCUGGAAAUACGUACAAAGACUACGCAGAUUCCGGUGUCAGUACAGCGUCAUCUAAAAGUGCUACGGGCUUCUGGAGCUUAUACUCAAGGGGAGGCUCCUGUAAAAGUAGGGGCUCCUCAGAGUCAGAAUUGCUCAAGAAUUAUAUGGACUUUCUUCAUAGAUGAAACCUUCGUGUUGAGAAAUGUCCUGUCAAGUAUUAGCACUGAGACUCUAAAAAAAGGAGUUGGAGCUAUUCGAAAACUC